ACCUGCACUUGGCCGCAGAGCUCGGAAAGACUCUCUUGGAACGCAACAAAGAGCUGGAGGACUCCCUUCAACAGAUGUACAUCAACAACGAGGAGCAGGUGCAAGAGAUCGAGUAUUUGUCCAAGCAGCUGGAAACGCUGAGGGAGAUGAACGAGCAGCAUGCGAAGGUGUACGAACAGCUGGAUGUGACGGCUCGAGAGCUGGARAUCACCAACGAGAAGCUGGUGCUGGAGAGCAAGACCUCGCAGCAGAAAAUAGACAGGUUGACCGGCACCAUGGAGACUUUGCAGGGUCAGGUGGACGGCCUCAUGGCUCGCGUUGAGGAGCUGCGGACUCUGGAGGAACUGAGGGUCCACAGGGAGAAGAAGGAGCGUCGCAAGACUGUCCACUCCUUCCCUUGCCUGAAGGAGCUCUGCACGGCUCCCAGGUAUGAGGAUGGUUUCCUGCUGGCUAACCCCGGCAGUGUGGACCUGGUUGAGCGACAGCCCCUGGAUGAGGAAAAUGAGCGCCUCAGGGACAUCGUCUCUUCCCUGCACUUGGCCGUGGCCUCGGAGCGGUCCGCGCGCGAGAGCGUCGAGCGGGAGUGUGCCACCGUGCUGCAGGAGUUUGAGCGCCUGGAGCAGCGCCUCCUUGGCGCAGAGGGCUGCCAGCUGCGUGUCCAGGAGCUGGAAGCUGAGCUGCAUGAGAUGCAGCAGCUCAGCAAGUCCAGGGUGUGUUUAAUGGGAGACAUAGAGGACGGCUUGAAGACGCUGCUCAGUAACGGCCCCGAGAUGGACACCCCCGACGAGGGGACGGGGCUGGAGGAGGACGGCGAGGGAGAUGCUGGUGGAACGGGGCAGCAGGGAGGCCCGGUGAGAAAAAGCUGCAGCGACACGGCCCUGAACGUCAUCUCCGCUCCGUCGGGAAGACGACAGGCCAGUUACACCCUCCACACCAACGGCACACGCAAACGGGGCAUGUCCAUCCUGCGGGAGGUGGACGAGCAGUACCACGCCCUGCUGGAGAAGUACGAGGAGCUGCUGGGGAAGUGCCGGCGCCACGAGGAGAGCCUGUGCCACGCCGGGGUGCAGACGUCACGCCCCGUCUCCAGAGACCCCUCCAUGAAGGAGUACAGCAUGAUCCCCGUGGAGCCGUCGACAUCCGGGGCUGCCGCCGCCGCCGCCCCUCCCACACCACCACAAACCCCUUCCACCCCAGAGGCCCUGGAAGGGAUCAGCAGGCAGGUGGAGCAGGUGGACAAACGCCUGAGCCAGAACACGCCGGAGUAUAAGGCGCUGUUCAAAGAAAUCUUUUCUCGGCUGCAGAAGACCAAGAGGGACGUGAACUCCAGCAAGGGCAGAAAGAAUAACAAAUGACACUAAAACAGCUGGAAAAAAAAAUCAGGUUCUGAUUUUUGGAAGUGGGGUUCUGUGGAAAAUUUACACAUAUCUGUUCAUCAGAUUAGAGAAAUUGAUUCUGACCAGACUGAUGAGCUAACGGCUCGRCCAAGUUCGGCCUGGGCCACUAACAGCAGGAAUAUCCCAACAUUUCUGCCAGAGUAUUGAUGUUUGUGUAAACUGCUAGAUCGUCUCUUUGGAGAUUGGACUUGUUUUAAAAUGAAUCUAUUGGUCUUUGGUCUUGCUCAGACGUUUGCUCCUUAAUCUGGUCAGACUUGAGCCUUAAUUUCUUUAAACUGAGGUCCUGCAAGGAGCCAUCUACUGCAGGUAAGAUAUUAAUAUUCAUGUUUCCACAGAACCCCACUUUCAUCACAGAUCUACAGUAUUCCUACAAUUGAUUUUAAACUACUGAACACUGAAUCAGAAAGUGGAUUAUUUUCUGUUCCUUCAAAGAUAAGCUACUUAUUGUUUCAUAUUAAUAAGCCAAAUGUUACAUUUUUGUCGUUUUCUUGUUCAGAACUGAAAAUAUGGCCGUGUUGUGAUGAGUUUGAUUAAUUAGCAUUUACACUGAUUAAUCUAAAUCUGAUCUAAAACAAACUAAUUGGUUUUAAAAGCAUCUGUAGUGUGUAAUCUAAAUUAUAGAAGCUUUAGAUCAAAACAUUAAAUUGUGAAUAAAGUUACACACAGUCUGAAGACUUUAAUUUGAACACGAGAUCAGUAAACUGUUUAUUAAAGACAGCACACAUUGAUUUAAACUCAUCUCACAGAGGAAAAAACCAUCAGUCCAUAACACAUGAAGUGWAUGAAGAUGCCAUCCACAUUUAUGGAGUGUAUAAACAAAAACAAAGAACACUUUGUGUGGUUGGGAGGGCUGAGGUUUGAUUCUGAAGAUAAGAUUUCACUUCAGGGAUGAAGGGCGUAGAGGCAGAGAUAAUCAAGAGUACAGAGCGAGCUGUUCAUCAGCUUCCAUGUCCAACUCAAACGAGCUGUGGGACGCCCGGUGAAAGCCCCCCUGUACAAACUGGAUUCAUUAGGUUUUCAGACAAGUACUAAAAGUAAAGAUAUUAUCCAACACGUCAGUGUAAUGGCUUUUUCAGACUUGAAAUAAAGACGAUUCCAAUCAA